ACAGGUCCCGUCCAUUACAUUUUUUCCUCGCGACAAUGGAAGCAGCUCGGACCGACUCCCUCUUCCCACACACACGGAUGCUAUCGAGCAGAGCACGGAGUCGAUACUGUAGCACGCGCUGAAGGGCAAACGGCUGGAUAUGUAAAUGUGGGUAUUUAUCAAAGCGCAUAUUAAUGCGAUAUACUCCGGACUAUUGUUAAGUCCCACGUGGACUUUUCCUUUGCUUAAGUUGACAAGCUUUUCUCCGCUCACGCCGAUCUUUAGCGUGCGUAAAGCUGUGCGUAAUCUGUGCGUAAAGUUGAUCUGCAUACGUUGCGGGGCAGAAUUAAGAUAUCACCGCUUUAUUUAUGAUCCUUACAACUCUUAUAGGGACAAUAUGCAUACUCCUGCGAGACAGUCUGUUUUGUGAUCGCAUAAUCAAAGUGGGGAAAUUGCUGUUUCAUAGCCGCGCACUCUUUGUUCGCUGCAACAAAGGAGAGAGGACUAUAUUUCUGGAUCAACUUUUUACGAGUUUUAUCGUACAAUAACCUUUGCAUAACAACUAUUUUUCUCAAGCGUUGCCCGAGGCACUGCGCAGGCGCGCUGGCUGCUUGCUGUCACUAAGACAUUUUUCUUCACGUUGGAAACUGUCACUGGUGACGUCAAUCACCAAGCUCUGACCAAUUAGAGCGCAGGGUGAUUGUUUAGCUCCACGGGCUGCAGCGCCUACCAUGAAUCUCUAUUCAGUAUCAAAGCGUCCUGCUGCUGCCUCUCAACCGAAUGGGAUUCCAUGUAGUCUGCAGAUAGAAUUAACUUCAUAAAGUUUUUUUUUUUUCUUUAUUUUUCAUUGCGAUUAAAAUAUAUUUGUCAUCAUCAUUAUUAUUUUGCCUGCUGUCAAGUUAUUCUAAAAUUAGGAAGUAAUGAGCGUGGAUGCUUUGGGAAGCCCCGUGAUGGACCCUACGUUUUCCAAACGGAACACGGCGCUGAGAUUAGUUGACUUGGCAGGGGCUCACCACCAUCACCAUCAUCACCACCAUACCCCUCAGAGCGUGACAGGCUUCCCGGGGUUCAGCAGCCAUCCACACUCAAUGGCUCACUCGCACCCUGGGGAGAUUACUGCGGAACCCCGCCUGGGGCCGAGUCCAUUCGGGCCAGAACACAUGGGGCACUCCGCGGCCCUCAAAAUCAGCCCAGCCCAUCAUUAUCCCCACCACCAUCACCACCACCACAAUCAUCAUAUGGCAGGCCACAGUGAAGUGGUCUCCAGUCAAACGGGAGCUUUUGGCCCGGUUCAGGCGACAUCGGUCCCUUAUUCUAUGUCUCACACGGCCCAGGCUUUAUCCGCAGGUAGGGAUUUCCUCAUCCGGAGAGAUCUGACGGCUCAAGCCAUGCCAGUGCUGACCGACCAGACUGCUGGUUCAGCGUCUCACCACGGAAUGUUUGUCUCAACAACAGGUAGCUAUCCCGGACACUAUGGUCAUCACCCUGACGCUGGGAACCAUACCCUCUUCUCCGGACUCCACCACGACCAGUCUUCUAGCGGAUCACCGGGUGGCCAAGCGUUGAGUGGACAAAUAAGGUUAGGACUACCUGGAGAAAUGUACGUUAGGUCUGAUCACUUGAGUCAAGUGGCAAGCUCCAGGGCUGAUCCGUUCUCCGCCUCGCCGUUGCAUGGCUACGGUGGUCUGAAUCUGAACAUGAAUCUGAGCGCUCACCACCACCACCACCACGGAGCCGGUGCCUUUUUCCGCUACAUGAGGCAGCCGAUAAAGCAAGAGCUGAUCUGCAAGUGGCUGGAGCCAGAGCACGCGCCGAAGAAACUUUGCUCGAAAACUUACAGCACCAUGCACGAACUCGUAACGCAUGUGACGGUGGAGCACGUCGGAGGACCGGAGCAGGCGAACCAUAUAUGUUUUUGGGAAGAGUGUCCGAGGGAAGGCAAACCAUUUAAAGCCAAGUACAAACUUGUAAAUCACAUUCGAGUGCACACCGGGGAGAAACCGUUUCCAUGCCCGUUCCCUGGCUGUGGGAAAGUGUUCGCGAGGUCCGAGAAUCUAAAGAUCCACAAAAGGACGCACACAGGUGAAAAGCCCUUCAAAUGUGAGUUUGACGGCUGCGACAGACGCUUCGCCAACAGCAGCGACCGGAAAAAGCACUCCCACGUCCACACCAGCGAUAAGCCCUACAACUGCAAAGUGAGAGGCUGCGAUAAGUCCUACACGCACCCCAGCUCCCUGAGGAAACACAUGAAGGUGCACUGCAAGUCCCCCCCUCCCAGCUCGGGCUACGAGUCGUCCACCCCGUCCCUGGUCUCCCCCUCCUCAGACCUGGGCCGGGAGCCAGGAGGCUCCUCGGUGCUGUCGGAGCCGGUGGGGGCUUCCCAACCGGCGAAUUUAAGCGAAUGGUACGUGUGCCACAGCUCAGGUGCCAGCGGCGCCCAGACACCACCCAGCGGGCCCUCCACACCCGACCCCACAGACGAGCCACCUUACAGGAACCCAGAACCCAGGGACGCGUUUUAACGCACCUCGGACUCCUAAACCACCGCUGCAGAGGUGACAAGAACACAUUUUCACAAGCUUAACUAUUGUAAAUGGUUUGGCUUCGGUGCCUGUACGCCUGUUGAAGGCCCACUGGUCCCCCCUCCCACC